UUGAAGCUGGGUUGUGAGCGCGAGCUCAGACGAUGACGACGAACAGCGGCCAUUGAGCCACUUUAUGACGAAACCACAUAAAAUUAAUAAACAACAACCACAGAAAUCAGCGUUUUCAGGACGCGUCGCUCGGAGGUACUUGCUCACUGCGGCGACGUCAGCAGACAAGCCGGCGGACAUUUUAUUGUAAACGGGGAAAACACGACGACAACAACAUGUCGUCCGCGGCGGCCGCUGCCUCCAGGCGACAGUCUUGCUACCUGUGCGAUUUACCGCGCAUGCCGUGGGCCAUGAUUUGGGAUUUUACCGAGCCUGUGUGUCGUGGCUGCGUUAACUACGAGGGCGCGGACCGUGUCGAGUUCGUAAUCGACACGGCGCGGCAACUGAAGCGGGCGCACUGUCUGCAGGAUGGUCGCUCUCCGGGCCCGGGGAAACCCCAGCAGCACAGCGGGAAGGAGCAUAACCAUUCAGCUGCAGAGACGGGCUCCCGCCCCCCGCAGCCCCUGGACCGCUACCCGCUGUCUGAGCGGCCUCCCAGGCUUGGACUAGAGUACCAGGGCAGGCAGGCAAACGGCCUCCCCAUGCCUAACGGCUUCCCUAAGCCGGACGAACCCCCGGAGCUAAACCGCCAGAGCCCCAACCCACGCAGGACUAGCGCGGUCCCCCCCAGCCUGGUUCCCCUGGUGAACGGCGGCAUUCCAACAGUGCACCCGCUCAACGGGCGCGCGGCGCAGAUGACUUUAUCGGGGGCUCUGGUAGCGGCAGGGCCCGCGGACCUCGUAAAGCGGUCGGAGGACCAUAAGGACAAACACAGGCUGGACAACCUGGUCGAAAUGACGGACAGUCACAAGGAAUGGAUCGGUAAGGGCAAGACGGUGCGCGACCUGAUGGCGCUGCACACGUUCGAUGGAAGGUUCAAGAAGGAGCACGCGGCCAUGCAGAGGGUCAUGGGAUACGAGUCCGGGGCAACCUCCUCCAAAACAGACAAGGGGAAACAUCCACGCAGCAUGAAAAGGAAGGCAUCCCCCGAGCCGGACGGCGAAGGUGGCACCCCCAAGCUCAAUGGGGGCGAAGGCCAGCCCUGGCUGCCGUCAGCCUCUGAUGUACUUAAGUUUCCUCCUACAGCCCUGCCCGGCUUUUCAUCUGCUCCCCCGUCCACCAUGUCCCCACAGUCCCGCUCCACUCCCCCCGAGGCUGCUGCCCAGAACAGUCAGUCACCAAUGGCGGCACUAAUCCUCGCAACUGACAAUGCUGGCGUCCAGGGUUCGCCGAAAGACGCCAACCACCAGGUACACUCCACCACGGCCACAGUGGCCCGACGAAACAGUGGCAGCCCACUGUCGCCAUCCUCUCAGAGGAGGCUGGCCCAGAGAGAAGGGCCGGCCGUGUCCAACCCCUCGGCCCCCCACGUGGAUCCCCACCUUCAGCCUCAGCAGCAGCAGAGCGCUCCGGACUCGUCGGUGCCGCCAGGCAGCGUUCCGCUCUGCUGCACACUGUGCCAUGAGCGAUUGGAAGACACGCACUUUGUCCAGUGUCCGUCGGUGGCCUCGCACAAAUUCUGCUUCCCUUGCUCACGGGAAAGCAUCAAACAACAAGGUGCCACCGGGGAGGUGUACUGCCCCAGCGGCGAGCGCUGCCCACUCGUGGGUUCAAAUGUGCCCUGGGCGUUCAUGCAGGGUGAGAUUGCUACCAUCUUAGCCGGAGACAUCAAGGUGAAAAAGGAGAGGGACCCUUAAAUAAAAACACAACCACCAGCUGUUCUUUUUUUUUUUUUUUUCUCAAACUUUUUAUAAUCUGGCUACAACAGGAUGUAAAAAAAAAUUAAACAUCGGACUUGUCUCGGCAACAUCGCCCCCUACAGAAUCUGUUUGGACAUGUACAUAUCGGACUGAAGGAUGCAGACGCUUCAAAACUAUUGCUGUAUAAUUUUUUCCCCCUUUUUUCAAUACGUUGUGUUUCUAUAUUUUUGAAGAUAAAGGUAUGUGUUGUCCUCACGUUUGUCCUCUUCAGUCAGAGGACAGUCCAAUGUAAAAUGUGACUAAUCUGAGCACUUGGCAAGGAAAAAUUACUGUUAAUAAAAAUGGAAAAAAAUGCUUUAGCUGUACAUGUAUGCACUUGUUUAAGUAAAAAAAAAA